AUGCAUUCGGUUACGUAUUUUCGUGCUACAAUCGAAAUUCGCAGCUCCGUGGCGCCCAGCGGGAGGCGAGGGCGGUUGAUCGUCGUUGUUCGGGCUGCCAGCCAGCCGUCAGCGAGGACGGCGAUCGUCCGAGCGGUGGACGUCCAGCGACGAGUGGGUGCUUGUUCGUCGACGUUCGACGGACAGAGGUGUCGGUCGCCGUCGGAUCGCCGUCGAUUCGCCGUCACGGGGCCCCUUCGGACGGUUGCUUAUCGCUCUUCGUACUCCGCGUAG